GUUCCCUCCCUCUCUCAAUUCGGUUCCGCCUACUCGUGCAAGGGAUCUCCAAUUCUAACUCCUCGCAAGCGUGCGUGUUACCGAUUAGCUGGUCGAAAAAGUCGUAACUAUGCCUGGAAUAUUAUUAGGAGACGUUUUUCCCGACUUUGAUGCAAACACAACAAUUGGCAAGAUCCGUUUCCACGAGUUUUUGGGAGACUCCUGGGGUGUCCUGUUUUCCCAUCCUCGUGACUACACCCCUGUGUGCACCACCGAGCUGGGUCAAGCUGCCAAACUUAGUGAUGCGUUCGAGGAGCGCGGUGUCAAAAUGAUUGCUCUGUCUAUUGACAGCGUGGAGGAUCACUGUGGCUGGGCUAAGGACAUUUUGGCGUACAAUCAAGAGGAUCCGGGCUGCAAGCUGCCUUUCCCAAUCAUUGCAGAUGACAAGCGGGAGUUGUCCGUAAAGCUGGGUAUGCUGGACCCAGAUGAGCUGGACAAAGAUGGCCUGCCUCUCACUGCCCGUUGUGUAUUUGUGAUUGGCCCUGAUAAGAAGCUGAAGCUGUCCAUCCUUUACCCCGCCACAACAGGACGCAACUUUACCGAGCUGCUGCGGGUCAUCGACUCCCUGCAGCUGACCGCGCGAAAAAAAGUGGCCACCCCCGUCAACUGGAAGCUUGGUGAUCAGGUCAUGGUCCUGCCUAACAUUCCGGACAGCGAGACUUCAAAGCUUUUCCCUGCUGGAGUUACCACCAAGGAGCUGCCCUCUGGGAAGAAGUAUUUGCGCUAUACACCCCAACCAUGACGGCGCACAGGAAGCUUUCUCCCAAGUCUACUCUGACCCUUGAAGAGUGGAUAAAAACUUAGAGAUUCAUUGAUUAAAAAAAUAAUAAUAAUGCAAAUUGAAUGCUCCCACCUUAUGCAAAUCAUUUCAGUAUUUGCUAACUGAUAAUCAUUGUAUAACUGUGAUAAAGAAUAUACCUUUGAGCAUCCCCAGAAACCAAGGCUACAGUAUCACACUGCAUUAAUUUAUUAAGCAGGUGCACACCAAGAACAAUGUAACCAUUCUCUACAAUCUUACGCAGACCAUGUUUAACUGAUUGCUGAAUAGGCUCUGAUGGAAUGAUCUCUGAGAUAUGGAAAGCAUUGUGUGCAGUGCCUUCACCUCAACAAAUACCUUACUGUUUUUCAACUCUGGCGUGCGUUCACUGAUUAACACUUCCACCUAGUGGUGGUUCAUACCAAUGUGCUAGAGAGAAAGAGUAGCUGUAAAACAGAAUUAAAUAAGUGUUUGGUUUGUUAUACAAUGAUGUGAAGAAUGCAUCAGAAUCUAUUAUGGGAGCACAGGUUGUUCAAAAUGCUAUUUUCCUAACUGAUCAGAUAUGUUUUCCCUGUUUUGGUCAAUGAAUAAAUACAGCCAUUUCAGCA